CUUCACCGUUUCUGCUGCAGCAACAUCAUGUUUGGUGUUGUGGGCUGCGCAUGGGCGUCUGGGGAACACUUUCUGCAGAGCACUCGCAUGGGAGCUGAGGGAGAGCUUGUCUUCCUCGCUUCAUUUCCAAAGAGUAAUCCGAGUAAAAGCACAUACUAACAGGAACCAAAACACCUAGAUUUUUAAGCAAUCAGAUACAGGAUACAGCAUGGCUCCACAUUACAGCUUUUCUGACAGCAAAGCCAAUUUACGAGGCUCCUGACCUUCUCCACAGCUUCUCACCCAUUCUCCAUCAUGGAUGACCAGCCUCCCCAGUGUGCUGCCCCAACUGAUUUUAAAAACACCAUCUCAUGAGCAGGUUUCGAUGUGGCUGCAGACAGACACCUGCAGACAGAUGCCCACCACAAGGAAGGGACAGCCAGCAGAGCUGGAGGUGAACAGUCUUGUAAGCCAGAUUUGCCAGUUUGGGGCAAUUACCAGUGGAGCCACAGCAGAAGAGCCCACCACCAGCCUCUCAGUGCCACUUUCCUCCUCACUGGCAGUCGCAUAAAUUCUCCAGGGAAGAAAAACUGGGACUUCACAUGGAAAAAGAACUUCCUGAUUUUUUUUAAACCACAAAAGCUCUUCGGGGCCUGUUUCACAAAUUAUGAAGCAGAGAUGCAUAAUAAAGCAAGCAGCACAUCUUUGUUCCUUGCAAAACCAUCUCCAGAGACCAUCUCCUAAGAAUUAGCAGCAGAGUCAAACGAAUGAAUCACCCCAUCAGCCUGUUUGGAAGUUCCACCACAUUUCACUUGCAAUAUGCUCCAGCACCGAUUUUCUGCCACAGUGACUCCUUUCCAUGCAGUUGUUUAAGAGAAAGAAAAGACCUUUUCCCCGCAUCAAACCGCCCUGAGAUUGCAGCAAACUACCCAAUUAGUGCAACAGAAAGAAAAUAACACCAGACUUUACUGAAAAGGAGAGUAAAACCAUCAUGCAGCUCAGCGCCUGGCAAGCCCUUCACACCCUAGCCGUCCUGGCACCAGAAAGCCUCUGCUCUGCAGUCAAGCAACUGGAAAAAUCAAAAUGCAGCUAAAACCGAAACUCUCCGGAUUGCAAUCAAUACACCAGCAGCACCGCCCGGGAGACGGUAACCCUGGCAACGGACCGAAAAGCAAAGGAUGCUGCGGACCAGCCCCGGCUCCCCGGUAGCAGGAGAUUCCUUCAUCCCAAACGACUCUGCCAUGGAACUGUUCUGCCACACCCUGUGCAAGGAAGCCGGCCCACAUUUCUCAGACGGACUGAAGGUUUCCAGCACCACACUGAGGAAAAAGCAGCCAGAUGCCCAGGAGGAAGGAGGUGCCGGCGCUGGGCAGCCUUUGCCUGCAGAGCCUGGUCCAGCACAUGCAGAGCAUCUGGGUGAAGGACUACAGCGACAACUACCUGGAUGAGUACCAGUUCCGCUUCGUCAUGGGGCCCUUUAACGACCUGGCUGGCAGUUUGGUGCAGGACCUGAUCCGGCUGCUGGGCGAGAGCCGGCGCCUGACGCGGGCGGCACUCCACCUGCUCCUGCUGCCCCACCUGCGGGAGCUGAGCCUGCGCCCUUGCUCUGGUCUCGCCAGCAACGCCAUCGGCCAGCUCAUCGCCCUGCGCUGCAAGCAGAGCCUCAGCUCUCUGGACCUGCACGGCUGCAGCCGACUGUCGGCAGACAUCCUGGUGGACCUGGCGGAGGGGCUGCCACAGCUGAGCCGCCUGGGGCUGGCGGAGACACAGGCCAACGUCCAGGUGCUCUCGGCCGUUGGCUCCUGCUGCCGGCGCCUGCAGGAGCUGGACGUGUCCCACUGCAAGAAGGUGUCCCCGCGUGCCCUGCAGCACCUGGCCUACGACCCGCUGGCACAGUCCCUCUGCUGCCCCGUGCUCCGCAUCCUGCUGGCCCGCGGCCUGGAGCCCACGGAGGAUGGCAGCAUGGUGGCGGCGCUGGCCUUCCUGCUGCUGGCCCUGCCGUGCCUGAAGUUCCUAGCCCACGGCGCCGUGCCGGACGCCCUUCGCCUCCUCCACGGUCGGCAGCUGGACGGUAUGGGGGACACCGAGGGCUUCCCCUCGCUGGAGGAGCUGGGGCGGUGGCGAGGGGCUGCCCCAGGGGGGCCCUGGCUCACCCUGCCCCUGCGGCAGGUGGAGGAGGUGGAGGAGCCCGCCCUGGCUGCCAUCCAUGCCGUCUGUCCCCAGGCCGAAGAGGUCAGCGUGUGGCUCGGGGACGGCCCGGGCCCGGCAGUCAGCUGGGAGCUGCUGGGCUGGGGCCGCCUGGCCCGGCUGACCCUGGGCUGUGCCGGGCGGCAGGGCCGGGUGCUGGCAGAGGUGCUGCCACUGGCACAGAGGCUGGGCCCCCGCCUGCAGACCCUGGCCCUGCACGGCUUCUGCUGCCAGGACGAGCUCUCCUUGGCCGCCCUCCUCGCCAGCUGCCCUGGCCUGCAGGCCUUCAGCGCUGAGCUGCAUGCCCCGCCAGACACUGACCCUGACAGGGAGACCCUGGCCGAGCCACCCCACUGGGACACUGACCUGCUGCCCCACGGCCUCCCCCAGCUCCAGAGCUUCUCCCUAGCCCUGGCUGGCACCACCAGCAUCUUCUCGGCCCAGCACGGGCUGGCGCUGCGUGCCACGCUAGCCUCACUGCUGUGCCAUGCCCCGCGCCUACAGACCCUCCGCCUGCUCGGUGUCCCCUUCCCGCUGGACUCGGUGUUCGAGACGGUGCUGGUGGCACCGGGGCCGCCCCUGCUCGAGCUGCAGGAGCUCUCGCUGGCCGAGAGCCGGGUGUCCAGCCAGACUGUGUGGCUGCUGCUGGCCUCUGAGGGCCGCCUGUGCCGCCUGGACCUGUCCCGCUGCCAGGACAUCCACCGGCGGGACUACGACAGCUUCCUGCAGGCGGUGCGGAAACAGCGGCUGGAUCUGGACAUCGCCUGGGAGUAGCUGGUGCCGGCUGCACAGGGCUUUUUAAUAAAGCAUUUACACCGCA